UAGAGCUCAGCCGGCGGGUGAGUGACAAGCGGCCACAUCCUGUUCAGUCCACCCCGCCAGACGUGUGAGGUCCCCGAGGGAAGAUGCGCGUCAAGAGUCCGAACGGAGUGGACCGGAGCUAAGGAGAGUCCACCGGUGGAAAGUUACACCGCUGGUCGUCCGGUACUAGGACGGAGCCGACAGGUGUUUUCUCUAUCUUCUGUUUGGACCUUUUUUAAUCCCCAUUUCGUCGUCCGAGUCAUGCCGUGGACACAGUGGCUGUUACUGCUGCUCUGCUGGGGGGCCACCAGCGGCCAGUAUCCGCAGCGGCAGCCGGAGGUGGAUGACUCGUCCCCGGCUGUGGUGCGAGCGGACUCCCGCAGGCAGCGGUCGCCUCCGCCGGUGGAGCCUCUGGAUUUUGGGUUCGUCCCCGCGGCUGUAUAUGAUACACAUGCUUACUACGAACCAGGGGCCAUUGGGGUCCUCUUCCACAUGGUUCACGCCUUUCUUUACGUUAUUCAACCCAACUCCUUCCCCAAAGAUCUGAUUGUUAAAGUUAUUCAGCAAAACAUGGGAGGAAUUAAACUAGAAGAAUGGAGAAAGCCAGAAAACGUCGUUCUGCUGCUCCAGGGGGUGUACUACGAGGCCGGGUUCUUGGUGUGUGCAUCCAUCGGCAUUAUCUUCGUGGUUAUCGUCCCUGUGUUGGGCAUGUGCUUCUGCGUGUGUCGGUGCUGCGAGAACUGUGGCGGCGAGAUGCACCAGCGGCAGCGGAAGAAUGCCGACUGCCAGCGAGGAUUCUUCACCGCUUCGCUUGUUGCCACCACCAUCUUCAUUAUUUUGGGUGUGCUCAUAGCUUACGCGGCGAACCACAACAUCAGCUCCCACAUCAAGAGCACCCGGCGCUUAAUUAACACCAACAUGAGGGACUUGAGGACGUUUGCCAACAACACUCCUGCGCAAAUUGAAUACUUGACAGCGCAGUACACGACGGCCAAAAACAAAGUCCUGUCUGAGCUCGACAAUAUUGGACCGCUGCUGGGCGGGAGGAUUCACAGUCAACUGGAGAAGGAGGUGGUUCCCUCCCUGGACACCGCCCUGCGAAUGGCAGGAGCUAAAGUUGAGAAUGCCGUCAAAGCCAUGCGGGAGACCAAGGAGGCCCUGGAGAGCGUCAGCUCCUCGCUGCAGAUCCUUCAAGAAGGCACGGAGAAGCUCAAGGACAGCCUGUCCGGAGAGCGAGCGUCGCUGUCCAACACUUUGUCUGACCCGGCCUGCACCAACGGCGCCGUGUCCCCCAGCUGUAAUGCCAUUCGCUCAACGCUGUCCCAGCUGGGGAUCAACGCUGACUUCUCCAAGCUCCCGGAUGUCAACUACGCCUUGGCUAAUGUCCAUACUCUCCUGAAGACAGACCUCAGCAGCAUAGUACAAAAGGGCUACUCAUCCUUCAAUGACACACCAACGCUGGUCAAAGAACAGACUAAAAAUAUUGUAUCAGCAUUACCGCGAGUAAAAGGUAUGCUGGAUAAGAUCGGCUUGGAGAUCAACGGCUUCGCCAAGAUGUUUCCUGUGGAAGCGUCUCUGGCCAACUUCACCAUUUUCCUCAACAAUGAACAGAAGAGGAUUGAGUCCUAUUAUCCACAGCUUGACCAGAUGGAUUUCUACAGGUGGAUCGGCUGCGUGGCGGUGCUCUGCAUGGUGGUCCUCAUCAUGGCCUUCAACGUCCUGGGUCUGCUGUGCGGCACGUGCGGCUACGACAAGCAGGCCACGCCCACCACUCGCGGCUGCUUGUCCAACACUGGAGGAAACCUGCUGAUGGCCGGGGUGAGCUUCUCCUUCAUCUUCGCUUGGAUGCUGAUGGCCAUUGUGACCACGCUGUUUGUUGCUGGGGGCAACCUGGAGAAGCUCAUGUGCGAACCGCUGGCGAAUAGACAGCUGUUCAAGAUUAUAGACACACCUUUCCUGGUCCAUCCAACCAAGAAAAACUUCCUACCUGGGAUGCUGUUUCAGAACCCAAACAUCGACCUAACCCUGGGAAGCAUGUACAGAGAGUGCUUUGAGAACAACGGUCUGUACCACGCUCUGCAGCUGGAGACCAUGUUCAACAUCAACUCCUUCCUCAAUAGAACUGUGUACAACAAGGAUCUGGCCAAAGUGUUUGAGGGCGUGCAGGUGGACCUGCAGGACAUCACGCUACUGGAGCAGGCGGGCAGAGACAAUCUCAUCAACUUUGCCAACUCUGGGAUUGGACUCAUCGACUAUGAAGCAUACCUGGCUGAGGUCAAUAAAGGGGUCACGCUUGUGGAUCUUCUGACCUUCUCUACUGACUUAGAAUCUCAGGCUGACCAGCUGCCACGUGGCGCUCUGGAGAAUGCGCUGAAAGGUCACGCCAGCAGCAUCAGACAGAUUCACAGAGAACACGUGGUCCCCAUUGAGCAAGCAAUGAAAUAUGUCCGUGCGAGGAGCACCUUGACUCAGAGCAUAAAGCUGCUGCAAAGAACAUCCAGCGACCUACCAGUCAAGGUCACCAAUAUCCUAAGCGCCAUCGAUGCCUCGGAGUACCUCAUCACUAAUAACGCCUCGCAUGUGGUCAAGCAGGAAACAAAAGGCUAUGUCCAGAGCUUGGUGGGGUACUUCAAACAGUAUACGAACUGGGUGCAAAAUUCUCUGACUGCAGAAGUCGCUCAGUGUAAACCAAUCAGCAACAUUGUGGACAGCAUGGAGAUCGUAGGAUGCAGCUUCGUCCUAGACUCAGUGAACACGUUCUGGUUCGGUCUGGGAGGCUGCAGCAUCCUCUUGAUCCCCAGCAUCAUCUUCUCCAUCAAACUGGCCAAAUACUACAGAAGGAUGGACACAGAGGACGUUUUUGAAGACUCCCCACAUUAUGACACCAUGACCCGAUUCCCUCGAGCCUCCGCCCCUCCCAGCUGCCCCGACUGGUGAGCCAAAGUGACCUCACUUCCAUCAAGAGUGGACAAGACAACUGGAACUGACCCCGCCCUACACUGUAAGUGCUUGUUUCUUCUCCUCACGCCGACUCAGGACACAAAGAAGAAAAGAAAGCCGAUUAACUUUUAGCCAUUGAAUUUCCUGGAUUGUUCCAGUUUUCCUGUUCAAGUCUUGAUCGAAUGAUUCCAAAACCAAAAGGGAAGAAAGUCUAAAACAAACCGGAACUGUGAAUUUCUGAACCUCCCCAAUGUGGCCAACUGUCAUUGAUUCACAUGACACAGCAGUCAAGCUUGUAACAAUUAUAAUAAUAAUAAUAAUAAUAAUAAUACAUUAUUUUAUAUCAUAGAUACUUUCAUGUGUAGACUUAUUGGUCAUGGAGACACACGUGUACAUUCUUUUUAUAUAAUUUGUUCAUGUUUGUUUUUCUAAAAUAUGUUUAGCAUUUCCUUUCUUAGAAAUAGCAGUUUCUCUCUUUACUGUACGACCGUAGCGAGCUAGCAUCAAUUGGGCUUAUUAGUUAUUUACUUACGUUUUGUAAGAAUAGGUUGAGGAAGAGAUUACAUUUUUCUUCCAACGUUAUAAAAAAUGUUUAAUAUUGAUGUUGUUGUGAGAUGAAUACGAAACCAUCCAAUCGACUUUAGCAUAGCUUAGCUUAGCAACGGUAGAUAGCACUUAAAGAGCUCACCAGCUAAUAUUAUUUUUGGGUUAAAAUGUCUUUUUUUUUGGCCAUAUCAAACAAAAUAAAAAAGAUAAAAAGCCAAACAGUUUUUAGAAGGAGGCUUGUUCCAGCGUUGAUUUAUUCAGAAUUGGGCCUAAGAAACAAUGAAAAUAUUAAGUCUGUGAGUAGCGUUGAACGGGCCCUCGGCAACCUUGCAUUGCGGGCUUCACUCAAUUCAGUCGACGUCCUGACCCAUCGAAAACUACAGGAAGAUCGGACAAUGUGCAUCAGUUUAAAUUGAAGAAGUUAUAAAAGUACCAAUGAUUGUCACACACACUAGGUGUGGUUAGAGUAUCCUCUGCAUUUGACACAUCACUCCCUGGGAGAUGAGGGGAGCAGUGAGCAGCAGCAAUGGCCACGCCCGAGAAUCAUUUUGGUGAUUUAACCCCCAAUUCCAACCCUCGAUUCUUAGUGAGGGCGAAACAGUGAUAUUUUUUCCCAUUGUCAGAAAUAAAUGGGAAAUUUAUUUGGCUUUUAGACUAUAAACUAUAUAUUCCGGUCAAAUUUGGAAUAGUUUUGAGGGUUGACUCUAUAGUAUGUUAGUUUGUGAGCUGCUUCUACCAAGCCCAUGCUAAGCUAGGCUAAGCUAACGAGAAGUCAAAACGCUGUAUACCGCCAUGUUGUUUUUGUAACAAACGUGAAAGAGUAUGGAUCAAUGUUCUCACACUCCUAAAUAAGCAUUACACAAUUACAUAUUAGCCACAGCUAGACUUACGGCCAACAUGACAAACACAGCCCAGCAGGCACAAUACAUUGAUACAACGUUGACUAUACAUACAUGGCUUUUAAAGCUGACUUUGAAACAACGUUGCAAAAUAGUUGUAUGUGUAUAUUAAGACAAUGUUGGUGAAAUGACCACAUUUUAAUGGUCUAAUCCAGUGGUUCUCAACAUUUUUUCAGUGAUGUACCUCCUGUGAACAUUUUUCUAAUUCAAGUACCCCCUUCUCAGAGCAAAGCGUUUUUGGUUGAAAAAAAGAGUUAAAGAAGUAAAAUACAGCACUAUGUCUUCAGUUUCUGGUUUAUUAAAUUGUAUAACAUUGUAUGAUCAUUUGUAGUGGUCUUUCUUGAACAAUUUGGAAAAAUAGGAUAUAAAAAUAACUAAAAACUUGUUGAAAAAUAAACAAGUGAUUCAAUUAUAAAUAAAGAUUUCUACACAUAGAAGUAAUCAUCAACUUAAAGCGCCCUCUGGGUUUGUAAUAGAAAUCCAUCUGGGUUUAUGAACUUAAUUCUAAACAUUUAUCCACAAAAAAAGAAAUCUUUAACAUCAAUAUUUAUGGAACAUGUCCACAAAAUAAACUAGCUGUCAACACUGAAUGUUGCCUUGUUGUAUUUCUUUUUCAAAGUUUAUGACCUUACAUUCAUAUUUUGUUGAAGUAUUAUUCAAUAAAUAUAUUUAAAAAGGAUUUUUGAAUUGUUGCUAUUUUUAGAAUAUUUAAAAAAAAAUCUCAUGUACCCCUUGGCAUACCGUCAAGUACCCCCAGGGGUACACGUACCCCCAUUUGAGAACCACUGGUGUAAUCGUUGUCAAAAAGCAUGUUUCAACGUUGUAUUUGUGUUGUAAAAUAUUGGUUGGGAAAUGACCAAAAAUCAAAGGUCAAAUCAAUGUCAGAACCCAACAUUGAUUAAACGUCGUCAAAAAGCAUGUUGUUGCUCAACAUCAGGACCUAAUUCAACAAGUUCUCAACGUUGUUUCAAUGUCUUGAGCCUGCUGGGAGUAGGCUGAAAAUAAUACAACGUGUCUAACAAUUCAUUCUUUGUUUUUCUGGUUUGUUUGAAAAAGUGGAAGUUGCGGCGUCUGGGGACAAAAUUUGGGAACACAAAUCCUGAGUUGUGUCCUUGACCUCAGUAAAAAAAGUGGAGUCCAACACAAGUGUCUGCUUUGUCGCGAAUGUAAACAGACGCUCUCAGUCCCAUAUAUGAAGAGGUGGGAACAUUUAUGGUGGUUUUUGGGGUGAUGACAGGUUUUACGCGGGCCGGGGAAGUGUGGGGGUGUAUAGAGAUGGCGUGAUGCUGCUGCUUCCAAUCUGAGGAGGAUAACACAACACUUGUGUGUGGGUCCCAAAACUUUUAUACCAGCUCCCAUUUCCAGGUCUUUCUUUUUUCCUCUCCUUUUGAGUGACGGCUGUAAAAACAAAACUUCCUGAUUGGUCGCAGGGCGCACGGCAGCAGACUAAACAUUCCCGCCAGUCUUCCGCUUUUGUGUCCUUCAAACGGCUUGAAAGACCCCGUCUGUUUCACAUCCCAACAACUAAAGAGACUUUGUGGGGUUACACCUGGGGAUUAGACCGGGGAACAUUUUGAGCCAAUGCGGGGACGCAAAGCUCAUUUGGCUGUUUUUAGAUCAUAUAUGCAUUUAGGAGCAUAAAUGUUCUUCUGAAAACUCCUCCUCAGAAGUGGACAUUUGUUUUUUGAUCAAAUUUGGAUAAAACUGCUCUGUUAUGCAAAACACAAAUAUCCACUGCAGAGG